GUGUCGUCGAUACGUGUAUGUCAACUGACAGUUGGUAGCUGAAUGACCAAGUGUGUUCGUCUCGUGGAAUAUGAGUUUUUGUAAGUCAUAGAGUAUUGUGGUGUUGUCUAAGCAGCAAAGAGAAUUAGAGAUUGGCAUGUAAGCUGUUGACUGGAAAAGUAAACAUCUAGAUCAAGAUAGAGCAGGCAUCACGUUUUUUUGAACUUUUUCAAACAUGCAUUGAUCUCAGGAUAAAGACUUUGUGCCUACGGCGUGUGUCCCGGCAUGGCGUUGAUAAGAUAAUUUACAACCUCUGAGAACGAGAAAUGUGACGUAUCAACUCCACAGACACUGAUAAGACCACAAUUCCUAUAACAAAAUAUAACAGGGUACAAUAAUGACGGGGUAAAAAAAAAUGACAACCCGACGAAAAAAGUACAGUGUGGUGACGAGGCCUGGCGGUGUCCCAACGCCGUUUGGGACGAAUCCCGUGGAGGCCUCGCCCUUUGGAAACCUCCCAGUGCCAGUCAGCCACGGGCGGCUCUCUGUACUGCCUGCCGUGAGGGGGGACGUCCCAGCUGUCGGGCCGGUGGAUGGCAUCGUCAGCGACAUUGACAUGGUGGUCAGUCACGACCCCGGCACCGCGAGCUCCAUGAUGCAGGUGGAGUCUCGACUCCAGAAGAGUUCCGUGUACUCGAUGUACCAGGAUCCACAGACCGCUGGGGAUAAAAUUGAGAUGCGAUUGAUGGUUUUAGAUGAGAGCGAAAGAAGCGAAGUGAUGCACAAACUCGUCAGCGCCUUCCAGCAGAAAGUCCUCCUCUGCUUCGAUCACUACAAGCCGGACUUGACGCUCUCAUGUCUCAAGAUCGUCACGUCGCUCUCGGUGUUGAAGCCGAAGCCGAAGACCCCGCACCACCCAAAGCCAUCGAAAGGUCACGACAACACCUCUCCGACCCAACUCGACCCCUUUGCCGAGCUCGACGUAGAGGAGGCGUUGAAGAGGGAGCUCCCCAUCUUCACCGUAUCCAAGCUACGCGCUACAGUCCAGCAGCUCCUCAGAAGAGCUACUCUACGACAAGACGGUACACUAUACUUCGCAGGGAGUUCCGAGGUUUCCAUGGCGACCAAAAGUGUGCAGUAUUUUAUCUGGUUUUUUGACUUCAUGGAUUACCUUCAGGAGCUAUUUGUAAAUUUUGAAGAGAAAAUUUUUAUGCCGCUAUUUAAAUACUUUCAUGACUAUGAUUCUAAUGUGUCUAAAGGCAGGUCAAAUUCCUUAUCGUCUGCUUUUUCAAAACUGAGCCAGUUUUCCGGAAGUGACAACCAAGGUGUCUUCGAUGCAGAUCAAGAUGGCGACGAUGAAAGCGACAGUCUGGCCGAGAUGAGACGAAUGAGGCAACAGGCCAAAGCUUCCUUACUGCAGCUAAGUAAAGAAUAUCGAGACAUAAAAUCUAUUUAUGAUACGACAGAAACAGAUAAAGUGGCGCAGAGACUGUCCUUCGUGAAAGAGCAACUGGACUACUUGCUGGAAGAAGAGGAUGAAAUCGACCCCGAUUUGUACAGUGAGGAAAGUCGAAAAAUGGUCGAACAUUUGGAGAUGGAUUUUGGCACUGAAAACUUGAUACGUUUGGUUCCAGAUAUUCUGGUCAAGCUGAAGAAGGCGGCCUGGUUGGCGAGGCGUUGGCUAGAACUUGACGACAAGAGAACAAAAGACGUGACAGUCAAACUGGAGAAGUUGGCGGAGAUAGAGAAAAAGUUGAUGCAAAGGCUAGAUGUCCUUCAGCAAGACAUCACUCGCGGCGAGAUGAAGCUGGAGCGAGAGACGAACGAGUUGAAUCGUUUGAUGGAGAAAGAGCAAAGGUCCGAAGUUUUGACUUUCAAGGCGUUCAACAUUGACGCACGUAUUGAGAAACAGCAGAAGAAACUAGCCAAGUUAAACAAAGAAAGAGACAGUUUUGCCGCCCAGUUGUCUGACAUUGUGAAAAGUAAAGACCUAAAAGAAUUUCACAAACUGAAAUUUCGUUUCGAAUCAAACAAAUUAAAUCGAUUUCUGAACGAAAGAAAACUGGCGACAUUGUGUUAUCAAAAGAACUUGCUGGCGGAUGAUAUCAACAUUGAGAUGUUUGUUCGGCCCAGUGUCAUCCAUAGUAGCAACAAACUCCAAGACGACUGCGAACGUCUAGAGAAGCAGCUCCGAGAGCAGAGAGAGGAGAUGGUGAGCAUCAAGCGCGCCUUGCUGCCGGUACAAGAAGACAAGGCGAUGCUGAUGAAUACGGUUAGCCGGCAGAAGCAGGUCCAGAUGAAUACGGUUAGCCGGCAGAAGCAGGUCCAGCCUCCGUGGAACUCAGGCGGGCAGCCUGGAUUGAGCCAGAUGAUCCUCCAGCCCGGCCACGCCCUGUACAUCAGGAGCGUGCCGGGUGGGGAGGCUAGUCAAAGCAGGCCAGUGUAUGGGUCAAACCCUUUUCUCAGGCGGAUUACAGUCGACAACAAUAGAGCUUUAAGAACAAUUAGUCCGCCCGCAUGGUAGUACACUUUAAUGUUUUUUUUUCUUGUGAUUUAUACUAAGAAAUUUGUAUAUGUGUUCAGUAAAUAACUAUUAAUAUUUAUUGAAAACUUUCCAUUGUUUCCAUUUUACAGAAGACAUGCCUAUGUUUAUACUUUAUAUCGAGUAAAAUUUGAGCAUCUU